CAGAGCUUCAAAAACAGGGGAUCCCAGAGCUUCUGUUCUCUGGUCUCAAUAAAAAUGAAAGGAAUGGGUCUUUCAAUUCUUUCUCCUUUUCUGCUUUCAUUUGUUCUUUUCUCUCUGUCGCAUACGCCCUCCAUUGCCGCUAAAAAGUCUUAUAUAGUGUACAUGGGAGGACAUUCACACCUCUUGGAGCCUUCAUCGGCUGAUCUCGACAGUGUGACGAAUUCUCAUUAUGAUUUGCUUGGAACAGUCUUAGGAGGCGCUGAGAAGGCUAGGGAUUCAAUCUUCUACUCAUAUACAAGAAAUAUUAAUGGCUUUGCCGCAAAUCUCAACGAGGAAGAAGCAGCAGAGAUUGGAAAGAAUCCAAAUGUUGUAUCAGUUUUCGAAAACCUGCCAAGACAACUGCACACAACACGAUCAUGGGAUUUUCUUGGACUUAGUGAUGGAGUACCUGGUGGCAGUGGGCUAUGGAAAAGUGCAAGGUUUGGUGAAGACACAAUCAUUGGAAACCUCGAUACCGGUGUUUGGCCGGAAUCAAAGAGCUUCAGUGAUGAAGGAUUGGGCCCCAUCCCGUCGAAGUGGCGCGGUGUCUGUGAUCAAGGCUACAAAAAUGGUCUUCAAUGCAACAAGAAGCUGAUCGGAGCAAGGUACUUUAACCAAGGCUUUUCCGCCGGUACAAAUAUUCAUCUCAACGAAUCCUUUAACACAGCUCGUGACUUCGACGGCCAUGGCUCCCACACCUUAUCUACAGCGGGCGGUAACUUUGUGGCCGGAGCUAAUGUUUUCGGCAUCGGCAACGGCACUGCAAAGGGAGGAUCACCGAAAGCCCGUGUGGCUGCCUACAAGGUCUGCUGGACUGCGGAGAAUAUAAGUUCUUGCUACGACGCGGAUCUCCUGGCUGCCUUUGAAGCUGCCAUAACUGACGGUGUUGAUGUGCUUUCUGUUUCUAUCGGUGGCGGCCCCUCUGAAUUUGCCAAUGAAGCGAUAUCAAUAGGUUCCUUCCAUGCUGUUAAGAAAGGCAUUGUUGUUGUUUGCUCCGGCGGAAAUUCUGGACCAAGUCCGGGGACCAUAACAAACGUGGCGCCCUGGAUAUUCACUGUUGCAGCCAGUACUCUUGACCGGGAGUUUGCAAAUACUGUCGCUCUUGGCAACAAGCUGAAUUUCACGGGAACAAGUCUUUCAGGAGCCUUGACACCUGCUAAUUUCUACCCAGUGAUCAGUGCUGCAGAUGCCAGAGCUGCUAAUACAUCCCCUGAGGAUGCUCUGCUUUGUCCGGCUGGAGGCCUUGAUCCAGUGAAGGUGAAAGGAAAGAUUUUGGUGUGUCUUCGAGGGAUAAAUGCAAGACUUGAUAAGGGACGUCAAGCCCUUCUGGCAGGUGCUGUGGGUAUGAUUUUGGCUAAUGAUAAGAUCACUGGGAAUGAAAUUAUAUCUGAUGCUCAUGUCAUCCCCGCUUCACAUAUUAAUUACACCGAUGGCCUACAACUCUUCGCUUACAUUAACAGCACCGAGAAUGCAACGGCUUACAUUUCUCCUGUACAGACAGUAUUGGGAACAAAGCCAGCUCCAUCUAUGGCUUCAUUCUCAUCAAGAGGGCCUAGUCUCGUUGAGCCAACAAUCCUCAAGCCUGAUAUCACAGCACCAGGGGUGAACAUACUUGCUGCAUACAGCGAAGGAACAAGUCCAACAGAUGAAGACUCUGAUAAACGUCGUGUUCCUUUCAAUAUUGACUCUGGAACUUCCAUGUCCUGCCCUCAUAUUUCUGGCAUUGCCGGCCUUCUCAAAACGCUCCAUCCCGACUGGAGCCCUGCAGCAAUUAAAUCUGCAAUCAUGACGACUGCAAAAAUCCGUGACGACAAAAAGCAAGGAAUAUUGGACUUAGCCAAUAAUGCCCCAGCCACACCAUUGGCCUACGGUGCAGGACACGUGCAACCAUCCCAUGCGGCGGAUCCUGGGCUGAUUUAUGAUCUAACCGUUAAUGAUUACUUGAACUUCUUAUGCUCUUUUGGGUACAACGAGACCAUAAUCAAAGUAUUUGCCGGCGAGCCGUACACAUGUCCUACGUCUUUCAAUAUGGCAGACUUCAACUACCCUACAAUCGCAGUUCCUAAUCUCUUUCAAAAUGAAAGUACGGUGAUUGUUACUAGAACAGUAACUAACGUCGGAGCUCCGACCUCCUCGUACCAAGUGCGUGUUAGGGAACCUGACGCAGUUUCGAUCGUGGUUGACCCUCCAACAUUGAAUUUCAAGGCGGUCGGUGAAAAGCAGACCUUUAAGGUUACUUUGAAGCCCCUGGGACGGGGUGCUCAGCGCUAUGUUUUUGGAGAAAUGGUUUGGUCAGAUGGGACGCACAAUGUCAGGAGUCCUAUCGUAGUGGAGUAAUAAUAUAAGGAGGACUAGAAUCCUUCUAGUGAUCAUUUGUUAGACCCUUCCAUUUUUCUUUUAGUUUUUUUUUUUUUUUCUUCUGAAAAUGUAUUUAUUC